GGGUAUAGUGAGUGAUGAUGCACACUUGGUGGUGGUACCAACUGGUCCCGUAUAGAAGAAAAUGGCCUAUAGCAAUGACACAAAAUGCAAGUUGAUGCUUAUGGACAAAAUAAUGAGAAGUUGUUCAUGCGCUGUGCAGACGGUAAGUUAACUACGAGGCCGUUGCAACAAAGAAAAAUAUUGGAUGCAGUAGAACUAGGUCUAUAAUGAGCUAGUGUAUAUAAUUACAGCUGUACGCGGCGGCUUUAAUUGUGCACUCGAUUUACUUAUUGUGACUUUUUCGUAUCUUUUAAAUAGUUAGAUCUAAAUAAUUGUAUAGUCUCAGUAGUUUUAUCUUUCAAAAAUUAUGAUUCUUACCAAUACAAAUUUGCUUCUGUGAACAUGGAUAUCUCUGAGUGUAAACUGCUUUGUUUUCAAUGUAUCUAUUUCAUUGUCAGUCACAGUCACUUCAUUUCUACAGUCUCUACCAACCAGUUGACAUCCAGCAGUGGUGAUGGUGUGGCAUGCCCAAAUGACCCUGUUGUCUUCACCUGCUCUGUUGGUAGAACUUCACUUUUGUGGAGAGUUGACCCUACACCUGACUAUCUUGUGUCGGUAACACAGGUUAUAACUUCUUCAACUGGUAGUAUACCACCUGCUGGAGUUGAAGGAUUCAUGUUUCAAGCUGCUGUGGCUGCCACCAGUAAUGGUACUCUUACCUCUACCCUCACAACCAUCACUGAAGUGUCUAGGCUAAACGGCAGUGUUGUGAGCUGUUUGGGGGAUAUAACUGAGUCACUCACAAUCAAUGUAGCCGAGCCUCCAUCUUCUCCAUCUGCUCUGAUAGUGACUUCUCAACAAAACCUAGUCAGGUUUUCCAUUAUCACUUUGAAUUGGGACCCUCCCUCCUUCACUGGUGGUGUGUCUGUCAUGUAUAUUCUCACCAUUUCCCUAACACCUCUCUCCGGAUCACCAGUCACCGUGGAGACUACCUCAGCACAGAUAACCAUCUCCUACAACACUCCCUACAAUGUGUCUAUCAGAGCUGUCAACUGUGCUGGAAUGAGCAAUGCCUCAAUGUUGUUUACUACACUGUCCACAGUUUCUUGUCCUUCCUCCCUCUCUACUGCUAUUGGAGUGGUCAAUGUCCAGACACCCAGUGUACCUACUGUGGACUCCACACUGACCUUCACUUGUUCUGGGAGUGAUCAGAUAAGAACCUCUAUCUGUGGCAGUGAUGGACGAUGGAAUCCUAACCCUGAGAAUUUUGUGUGUCCAACAAUCGUCAACUGCACUGUUCCUGUUGAGCCAUCCAAUGGUACUAUAGUGGACUAUCAUAGGUUGAAUGAGACAGUGUUGGAGGGAACAGUGCUGACUUACCAAUGUGACAAUGGACUCUCACUGACUGGACCCAUCAUCAUCACUUGCACUAAUGCUGGAGUGUGGAGCACAGAGCCUGACACCAUCAUGUGUGUACUUGCAAUUAAACGUGUGCCAGUAACUGGUGCGAGUAUUGCUGCUGUAGCUGGAGGUGUUGUUGGCGGUUUGUUUGUGGUGGUACUGAUUGUUCUGGUGCUCAUAGUUCUCUUAUUCAUUAUCACAAAGAAAAGAGAAAGCUCAACAGAUAGCCAAAUGUCUGUUGAAGUUCCAAAAGCCUCAGCUGGUCCGGUAUACGAGGAAGUUGAUCUAGCAAUGGCACCAAGAACACAAAACAUUCAAGUGGAGUCUAAUAAAGCUUAUGGACAAUCGGCCAAGCAAAACAUUGAGCUGCAGUUGAAUCAGGCUUAUGGAGAAAUUGGAUACAUGAGUUGAUAUAGUAACUAAAUUGCAAUCUGAACUGGUGUUUAUUUUGUUCAUUGUAG